UUCUUCGUGUAUUGUAAUAGGAGAACGAUUCUACCAGACUUUCGGAAUAUCACUGUAAGUAUUAACACCAAUAAAUUUUUAGUUCUUUGAAUCAACAACUAAAAUUCUUAUUACUUGAAUAUUUUGAUCAAUAACUGUAUCUGUAAUAUUGUGUACACACUCAUUUAGCUAUGUCCGAAGGAGAUUCGAUUAAAGAAAGCAUUGAAAAACUGGCUGUUCAUGAUGAUGAUGAAAUUGAUUCCAAUUACAAACCACCUCCAGAAAAAUCAAUUGAAGAGUUAUUAAAUGCUGACAAAGAUGAUGCUAGUUUACAAAAGUACAAAGAAAAACUUUUGGGUGAUGCUAAUAGUGGAAAAAUAAUUUUUGAUGAAAACAAUCCAAAUAAAGUAAUUGUUAAAAAAUUAGCUUUAUGUGUUGCUGAUAGACCUGACAUGGAGCUAGAUUUGUCUGGAGAUUUAACUAAUUUAAAAAAACAAGUUUUUAUUAUUAAAGAAGGAAUUUCUUAUAAAAUCAGAAUAGAUUUCAUUGUUCAACGUGAAAUAGUUCAUGGUUUAAAAUAUGUACAAAAAACUUAUCGUCUAGGUGUACCAGUGGACAAAAUGACACAUAUGGUUGGAUCAUACCCUCCGAAAUUAGAAAUUCAAAGUUAUACCACACCAGCUGAAGAUGCUCCAAGUGGCAUGAUGGCUCGAGGUUCAUAUACAGUUCAUUCAUUGUUCACUGAUGAUGACAAAAAUGAACAUUUAAAAUGGGAAUGGGUAUUUGAAAUAAAAAAAGACUGGAAGGAUAAUUAAAGAAUAAAUUUAGCUAUAUAUAUAAGCAAAGUUAAUUAAUGACUUAAUUGCUUAUAAGCAUAAAAUAUUUAUAAUAUAAACUAUAUAAAUACUAUUUUUCAUUUUAGAUUUAUAUAUCAUUCUUAAUUAAUCAUUACUAACAAAAUGUUUUGAACAUUAUACGAUCAAAGUUUUUAUAUAAAUAAAGCAAUUUUAUGUUCAACUACUUAUUAAUUGUGCCAAAGUAAAAUUAUAUUUUCCUAAUAGUGUUCAAAAUUUAAUAAAAUUGCACAAUAUAUUUAAAUAUAAAAACUUAGGGACCACAUAGUUUAAUUUUAUAUUAAAAAACAAUACAUUGUAUUUUAACUCUUAAGUUUUAUUUUGUAUUACAUCACAUAAUUCUAUUUUAUGAAGGUUAAUUAACUUUUAUUAUUCUUAUGUGUUUAUCAAGUACUGUACUUACAUGAACAUACAAAAAGUAAUUUUUUACUCUUUACACUGUGUAUAAUUUUAUCCUGAUAAAAAUAUUAAAUUGCAAUUAAAAUUAUUUGUUAAAUGAUAUUUUUACAAUAAUACUACCAUUGGUACUGUCAAAAAUCUAAUAUACAUAAUAUUUUAAUUAAACAAAACUUUUAUUUUAUGUAUUAGCUAUAAUUUGUCUUAUU